ACCAACUGCAUAGCUGGACAAAAAGGAUGACACCGAAAAAGAAAGAGAGGAAGAUGCAAAUAUCAAGAACUGAGUCACCACACCAAUGUGUGUGUCACAAGCGCAGAUGUCUGGGUGCGCUUUCCUUCCAUUCAAAUGUUAAAGGGCAUCUGAUAACUCUGGGUGAAGGUGGUCGACGGGCGACCAGAGACGAGUCGUCGUUUCGUCACGGUCUUGUGUUUAGCGAGAGACCGCUACAGAUACGGGAGAAGGUGCGCCUGCGAAUCGAGCGCUCCUCGUCAAGUUGGCAGGGCUCGCUGCGGGUCGGGUUUGCCAAUGUUUCACCCGAGAACAUAUCUGUACCCCCUCUGGCGAUACCAGACUUGACUGACUGCGAACUGUAUGCAGCGAAAGUUCUUCCCGAUAGCACGUGCUACCCUGGAUCAGAGAUUGAGUUCUGGAUCGACAGGGUCGGCAGUCUGUUCACGCGAUUUUCUGACGGGACAACGUCGUUUCAGUCGACCACUCUGAAUAUUCACUGGCCCAUCUGGGCGAUGAUUGACGUCUAUGGACAGACAACUGCAGUGGUGUUGCUUGGUUCCAAAAAGAAGGGUCUGAUACACACCUACACAUCCUGCCCCGCGUUCACACACAACAAACAAAAGAAUCAUGACUGUGGCUAUAGGAACAUGAGCAAAGCAAUUCUGGAAAGUAUGAGCAUGCAGGAACAUAGAAAUCAUCAGGCUAAAAACAAAGGUCUUGAAACUUUCAACUGUGAAGACUGUGUAGUGUGUUGCAGUAACGCCUCAGACACUCUUCUGAGUUGUGGACAUAAAUGUGUUUGUACCCCAUGUGCCAUAAGAGUUUAUGAUAAAUUUGGUACCUGUCCCCUGUGUCGUCAGUGCAUAUGCCUCGUCCAGAUUAACUAG